AUGGAGAUCAAGGGGCUCGCCAUUGUUGUCCUGGUACUCUUUGUUUCAUCACGUGCAGCCUCACGUGACAUUCCUAGCAACACUAAUGCCGACGCGAUGACCAACCCAGUUGCUCAUCAAGAUCAUGAUCAGCACCAAACCGUUUUGCAUGCAAAUGCGCCGGUCAAUCAGGCGGAGUCACCCAGUGCUGGGGGACUCGGUGACAAGAAGAACUUCGUCUAUGGUGGAGUCGGCGGCUUUGCCGCGAUGGGUGGCUACGCCGGCAUGGGCGGUGCGUUGCCAACUCUUGGUGGUACUGGCUCGAUUAACAAAUUUGGUGGGAUUGGUGGAGCUGGUGGAAUAGGAGGUGUUAGCGGCAUAGGUGGGCUGCCUACUACUGGUGGACUCGGCGGACUUGGUGGAGCAACUCCGGCCCUUGGUGGUGGUGUUGGCGAUGCUCCUCCAGCUGGCGGUGGCAUUUGGCAUCCUUGA